AUGAAGGUCGCUUUCGUUCUCCUCCUCGCUUUCCUCGCUGUGGCCCUCGCCACCCCCUAUGGCCGCAUGAGGCCCGUCAAGACCGUUCCCAACUGGGUCGACACCGGAGCUAAGGUUGACGCCCCCUUCGAUUGCACCAUCGAGCUCGGUAUUCAGUGCGCGUCGGUCAUCGCCGGCUGCGCCAGCCAGUGCACCAGCUUCAGCACCCAGUGCCUCGACUGCGUCGGCAGCGCCGCCUCGACCUGCUGCCCCUGCCUCCAGGCCGCCUUCCCCAACUUCCCCUGCUAG